UCCAAUACUUUAAGGAAAAUAUCAAAAGCAUCUCCAAAGUCUCUUGUCUAUCAUCACUAAAUGAGUGGUUCUGGGUUCGUCCAUCUCUGGUCCACCCUGUUUGACAUUUCUUCCAUAGUUUCUGUUGUCAAUCUAUCUACCUUUUGUUUUGCAGUAAUCUUUACUCCACCUAUACCUAUCAAACAUCACCUUUAAUUUCUUUUUCUUUUACUGAUGAUUCAUCCUACCACUAAUUCAGGGUAUCUGUCUUAAGUCUAAUCUAAGCAAAACAUAACACCGAUCAUGAAACUACCCCAACUUGUUGAAUCUUUUAUCCUUUUCAGUAAUACCCAUCUCAAGUUUUUAGCUUUUGGAACUUUACUACUCAUUACUGGAGCAGCCGUAACUCCAUAUUUCCAAUAUGGAUACUCCACCGGAGACACUUGGACACCAAACAGAGUAAAACCAGUGCCAUCAAAAAGCUCCGGCGACCCUCCGGUCCUGGCUUACUGGAUUUACGGAUCUAGUGGAGAUGGCGAAAGGAUUCUUCGGCUUUUGAAGGCUACUUAUCAUCCCAGAAAUCAGUACCUUUUGUUACUGGAUGCGUCUUCUUCCUCAGAUGAAAGAUCGGAUCUGGCACUUUCUAUACAAUCGGACCCAUUGUUUAGCGAAUUUGACAAUGUCAACGUUGUUGGGCGGAGCUAUGGUGUGAACCCGAUGGGUGGAUCUGGGCUCGCCGCUUUGCUCCAUGCGUCUGCAUUGCUUCUUAAAAUAAGUUCAAGUUGGGAUUGGUUCAUCACACUUGGUCCCUCCGAUUACCCAUUAAUCACGCAGGAUGAUAUCCUCCACGCUUUUACAUUCUUGCCUAGGGACCUCAACUUUGUGCAUUUCGCCAACACUAGCGUCUCUGAUGUGAAUGAACGAGUUAAGCGAGUGGUUGUGGACCCAAACGUCUAUGAGAGAAAGAACAGUCCGAUUUUCUACGCGACAGGGAGUAGAAAUGCACCAAACAUGUUCAAGAUUGUAGCAGGAUCCCCUUGGGUAAUCUUAAGCCGAUCAUUUAUAGAGUUUUGUGUAGAAGGAUGGGACAACUUUCCUAGGAAACUGUUAAUGUACAUGAGCAACGUGGAAUCUCCUCUUGAGUUGUACUUCCAAACAGUCAUCUGUAACUCACCCGGUUUUCAGAACAUGACAAUCGACAAUGAUUUGAGAUAUGUUAUGAGUAAAAAUGAGACCCUUAACAAAAUGGGGGAGAUGGCGAUUGUUGCAAGGUCUUUCAAGAAAGAAGAUGGUGAUGGGUUGAUGCAGGAGAUUGACACCAACAUAUUGAAGCGUUGUGGAAAUGGGGUUGUGCGUGGCAAAUGGUGCUUUGACCAGAAAACGAAUGUGAGUAUGACUAUAAACAAAACGGCAACGGAAGGAAGAGAGGAUUGGAGAUGGGGCGACAUAAACUCGGUUGAGGAAAGUCCUCGAGGAGUGAAGUUAGGGCAAACAUUGUCCAGACUUGCGGGUGAAGGAACAAGAAGAUUUGAUGGUUGUCGAGACAAUAUUUGAUGAAUUACUUAAUGAGGUUUUUUUUGGUUAAAAGCAAACUUGUGUUCUUAAAUUUGGAAAGAAGAGAGAAUGAAUAUAAGUAGCGUUAGCAAUAUGUAACUGGAAUUAGUAGCAAAAUAUACUGUAUAUCAUUUCAUGAAUGAAUGCUAUCUAGGUUGGUUUAUCUAA